GUUGAAUCAAAUUGUUUAGUACUUAAUUCUGGUUAUAUAGUUCGUUGUUUUGGUAUUACCAAAGAUCCAAAAACAAAUGAUUUUAUGAUGGUGAUGGAAUUAAAAAAUUGUAAUUUAAGACAUCAUUUAAAUAACAACUUCAUUUCAAUGAAUUGGGAGAAAAAGUUGUUAACUUUAUAUAAUAUUGCAUAUGGUCUUAAAGAUAUUCAUAAUAAAGGAUUAAUUCAUCAAGAUUUUCAUUGUGGGAAUAUAUUAAGCAAUUAUGUCCAUCAGGCUUUCAUUACCGACUUGGGAUGUUGUCAACCGGCAAAUGUCAAAUCCUAUCAAAAUAGUAAUAAAAAAAUAUAUGGAGUAUUACCUUAUGUAGCCCCAGAAGUUUUAAGAGGAAAAGAAUAUACUCAAGCAAGUGAUAUUUAUGGAUUUGGGAUCAUUGCAUAUGAAAUUUGUACAGGUUUCCCUCCUUAUUGUGAUAUAGCUCAUGACGAAUUCUUAGCAAUGAAAAUUUGUAAGGGAUUGAGACCAAAAUCUAAUUAUAAAAUUCCUCAAUUAAUUUUUGACAUUAUUAAUCAAUGUUGGGAUGCAGACCCUUUAAAACGACCUAA